AAAAACGAAACGUCACUCGCCCUCAAAGCGAAAACAACUUUCGCGACUCUUCCGUGUCUAUUUUUGUUCGCGAUCGCCUGAUUUUUGUGCGGUGGCCUGACCUGGCCCACACACGCUGGACGCGACGGGUCAAUCGUCUGCACUAACGCAACAACAUUCCGUUUUUACUCUGAGAAAUCCGUCGGAACAGCGUUGAAACAAAAAAGGGUGACGUGUACCUUCUUCUGGGCGGAGGAGAAGACGAGCGAGCGAAACCGGGUUGACCGUUGCGAACCCGCGAAUGAUUGUAACGGGACCAGCACCACCAGCAAGAAACAGAACCAGCGAUGGGUGUCCGGAAGCGGCCCGCGGAGAAGGAGCAGCUGCUUGUGGCCAAAGGAACCGUUGAUGGCGUUGUCCAUGAAGAGGACAAACACGAGCAGAGCGACCUGCGCGGCGACUGGGGCAACAUUGCCAUCCUGUUCUUUCUGUACCUGCUGCAGGGCAUUCCGAUCGGGCUGGCGGCGGCCAUCCCGAUGAUGUUGCAGAAUCGCGGCGCCAGCUACAAACAACAGGCCGAGUUCAGCUUCGCCCACUGGCCGUUCAGUAUGAAGCUGCUGUGGGCGCCGAUCGUCGAUUCGUUGUACUGGUCGCGCUUUGGCCGGCGCAAGUCCUGGCUCAUCCCGACGCAGUACCUGAUCGGGUUGUUUAUGCUGAUCCUUAGCCUGCACGUGAACCGCUGGCUGGGCAACUCCGAGGGAGACGAUGUGGCGUCCCACGUCGCGCCCAACAUUCCCAUCCUGACGGUGAUCUUUUUCGCGCUGAACUUUCUCGCCGCCACGCAGGACAUUGCGUGGGCGCUGACGAUGCUGAAGCGUUGCAACGUGGGUCACGCGUCCACUUGUAACAGCGUUGGCCAGACGGCCGGAUACUUCUUGGGCUACGUGGCGUUCAUGGCGCUGGAAUCGGCCGAGUUUUGCAACAGCUAUCUGCGCUCGGAACCGGCGGAUGAAGGCCUAGUGACACUGCCGGGCUUCCUCUGGUUCUGGGGAUUGGUGUUCCUAGUGACGACCACGUUGGUAGCUUUGCUAAAACGUGAAUCGCUGCCCAGCGCCGAACGUGGCCACGAGGAAAGCGUAGAUCUCAACAUCAAGCAAACGUACCGCCUUCUGCUGGACAUCAUCAAAAUGAAGCCCAUCCUCAUCCUAACUGCCAUUCUACUAACGGUCAAAAUCGGAUUCGCCGCCUGCGACGCCGUCAGCUCCCUCAAGCUAAUCGACGCCGGCGUUCCCAAAGACAAACUGGCCCUCCUCGUCGUUCCCCUCGUCCCGCUCCAGAUCGUCCUCCCGCUCGUCAUCAGCAAGUAUACCACCGGCCCACGACCCAUGGAAGUCUACCUCAAAGCUAUCCCGUACCGGAUCGCACUCACCCUGCUGGCCGCGGCCGUCGUCUGGUUCACCCCGGCCAUGAUCUAUGACCACCACGUCCCGUACUACUACUAUCUGAUCCUGCUGACCAACUACGGCCUGUAUCAGAUCGCUCUCUACAGUAUGUUUGUUGCGGUGAUGGCGUUCUUCGCGCGAAUCAGCGACCCGGCCGUCGGCGGAACGUACAUGACGCUGCUCAACACGCUGAGCAACCUGGGCGGGAACUGGCCCACCACCGUGGUGCUGUGGAUGGUCGACGUGCUGACGUGGCGGAGUUGCACGAACAACGAGCAGAACGAUUGUGCCGGGAGCGUGGAGCAGGAGGCUUGCACCACCACCGGCGGCAAGUGCCGCAUCGACGUCGACGGGUACUACAUCGAGAUCGGCGUCUGUCUGGUGUACGGCAUCCUGUGGUACGCCUGGGGCAAGCACCAGAUCCGCUACCUGCAGAGCUUGCCGCUGAAGGCGUGGCGCGUCGUCCGGCUCCAGAAGGCGCACUCGAGUUAGCAAUUAAUGCAGCUUAUUUGAAGGACCAAACCGACCACCGAUAAACGUCACACGGGAGGACAGGUGUAGAUUGUUGAGUUUUUUAAGUAGACGAAAUUUUGAGUUAAAUUAUUAUUUUUUCACUUUAUUUUGUUUUAAAUAGUGCUUAAAUUUUACGUCGUGUGCGCGCAAAGGAAAAAAGCGGGAAGACACUUGGUUUUGAACGAAAGUGUGAGUUUUGUGCACAAAUUCCACGAAGCAAACAUCCAUUCGCAAUUUGAUUAUUCCAACGAGAGAGAGAAGGGGGUAGAGCAUUUUUUCUCACCGUAAUGUUUUUACAAAUAUGUAGCAAAGCUAUGUGAUUUUGAUCCACUUUGUGUAAGAUAUUAAGAUAUUCCAUAAAAGAACGAGUGAACACGAAA